AGCUAAGCCCCUAAACCCUAAAAACGUUCAACGGCUAUGGUAUGUAAUUUCAGUAGCUUAUCCAGACAAACCAUAUACCUCUCUAAAACCCUCUCCCAAAAUCCCCCCCUCUCCCUCUGCCCAUUGACCUCCCAAAACCUCCUCUGAUACAUUUUCCAUUUCUCUUCCCAAGACCUCUCUCUCUUCAUUUCGCUAUGGUUUUCUUGCGGACGUAAACAAUUUCUCCCGGUUUUCUUGCUAAGUCAAAAGCAUUUCUUCUGGUCUAUUGACCUUUUGAAGCCUAAUAAUGCCUGGGCAGCUUCUCUCUCUGCGUGUCCUUAAAGGCUCUGCGUCUGCAACAACGGCUGUACCCUUUCUGAAACCGCACUGUACCUCUGGUUCUCUCCCUACUGUUUCCAUUUUCACAAGGUUAUUCCCGUAUAAGCUCAAAUACGUCUCUAUCUUUUCAAACCCUACCCAUCUUGAACGCUAUAAACACGUCGCUACAAAACCUAUUUAUAAGUCUGGGUUCCAUCAGUUCUCCACUAGGUCGAGCAGGGAGAGACCGUCUUGCUUUUCUCGUGGGCCAACAGCUUCCAUUCAUAGAGAUUCAGGGUUUAGAAGUGCGAAAUUAGGACAAAGCAAGAGCUUGGUGGAAGACGAGGCAGAGCUCAGUGACUGGAUAAGUGACCUAAAAACUGAUUCUUUGAAGCUGGGUUUGUCUGAUAGUGAUUCAGACAUGGAUUCUAGCUUUUCUAAGAAAAAUCACCGAGAUUCUAGCGACGAUGGCUUGAAAAAGAGGCAGAAAAAUGGCAAUUUGGGUAAUGGGGUUUUCUCGAGGAAGCGUUUUGACAAAGAUUCGGAUGAUGAUGUUUUUGAAAAACAGAGAGGUACGAGGGAUUCACUUGGUGGGUCUCUCUCUAAAAAGCGAUCAGAUAGGGGUUUUGAAGGGCGUGGUUCAAGGGGUGGUCCUAAUGGUGGGUCUUUCUUAAAGAAGAGAGAUGAUUUGAGUUUGAAUGAGAAAAUGAGAGAUUUUGGGGGUUUAGCAAGGGGAUCUCUUUCUAGGAAGAGGUUUAAUAGUGAUUCAAAGGAGGGUGAAGGCUUUGUCAAAAGCAAAAGUAGAGGUUCUUAUUCGAAAUAUGGUCAAGGCCGACAAGAUGGAUUUUUGCAGCAAAGAGAGAUUGGGGUGGGAAGAGAGAGGCCAAGAAUGAUUGAGGAUGAAGAUGAAGAUGAAGGUGAAGAUGAAGAUGAUGAGGAUUCGGGAUCUGAUGAUGCUUGGAUCAGUGAGGAAGAGGGAGAGGGAGAGGGAGAGGGAGGAGUUGGGGCCUUAACUGGAGGUGGAUUAAAGUGGAAAUUAGCUGAAGAAAAUAAUGAGCGUGGAGGUGGAUUACAGCCAAAAUUAGCUGAAGAAAAUAGUGAGCAUUCUGAUUCUUAUUUAAGUCAGACGAGGUUCGAUCAAUGUGCAGUCUCUCCCCUGUCUUUAAAAGGAGUAAAAUCAGCCGGAUAUGAAAGAAUGACUAUUGUGCAAGAGGCAACUCUUCCCGCUAUUCUAAAAGGAAAGGAUGUUCUAGCCAAGGCAAGGACAGGCACUGGAAAGACAGUAGCAUUUUUGCUUCCGGCAAUCGAGUUAAUUGUAAAGCAACCCCCAGUUGAUCGUGAUGAAAGGAGGCCUCCCAUUAAUGUGCUUGUGAUUUGUCCUACCCGAGAGCUUGCUAGUCAAGCUGCAGCAGAGGCUGAUAAAUUAUUGAAAUAUCAUCCUCAUAUUGGUGUACAAGUUGUCAUUGGAGGCACUAGGCUGCCUCUAGAGCAGAAGCGGCUACAAGCAAAUCCUUGCCAGAUUUUGGUGGCUACACCAGGAAGGCUCAGGGAUCAUAUAGAAAAUACAUCUGGAUUUUCUUCAAGAUUAUUGGGCGUGAAAGUGCUUGUACUUGAUGAAGCCGACCAUUUAUUGGACAUGGGAUUCCGAAGAGAUAUAGAAAGGAUCAUAGCCUCUGUUCCUAAACAACGACAAACACUGCUAUUCUCUGCUACAGUUCCAGAGGAGGUCCGCCAAAUAUGUCAUAUUGCUUUGAGAAGGGACCAUGAAUUUAUCAACACUGUUGAAGAGGGUAGUGAAGAAACACAUUCACAGGUAAGGCAAGCUCACCUGGUUGCUCCUCUCGAUAAACAUUUCCCAAUACUGUAUUGUCUCCUAAAGGAGCACAUUGCAGAGGAUGUUGAUUAUAAGGUUCUUGUAUUUUGUACGACCGCAAUGGUUACAAGGCUUGUUGCUGAGCUACUUUCUGAGUUGAAGCUAAAUGUACGGGAGAUCCACUCUAGAAAGACACAGAGUUACCGAACAAGGGUGUCCGAUGAGUUUAGAAAAUCAAAAGGUCUUAUCCUUGUAACUUCUGAUGUAUCUGCUAGAGGGGUUGAUUACCCAGAUGUCACUCUUGUCAUACAGAUGGGCCUCCCAUCUGAUCGAGAACAAUAUAUUCAUAGACUUGGUAGAACCGGCCGCAAAGGAAAAGAGGGGAAGGGCCUAUUGUUGCUUGCACCAUGGGAGGAAUACUUCUUAUCAAUUAUCAAGGACUUGCCCAUCACAAAGGCUUUGGUGCCCAUGGUCGAUCCAGAUACUAAGAAGCAAGUGGAAUGGGCCCUAUCACAUGUUGAUGUGAAGAACAAGGAGGCAGCAUACCAAGCAUGGCUUGGGUACUAUAAUUCUGUGAAGAAAAUUGGUCAAGAUAAGGUGAGACUUGUGGAGUUAGCCAAUGGCUUUAGCAGCAGCAUGGGGCUCGACAGGCCCCCCGCCAUAUCAAAACUGGUGUUGGGCAAGAUGGGCCUCAAGAACAUCCCUGGUUUACGUGCAAAAUAGUGUUUAUUUCCUGUGAUUGAUGUAAUUUUUUUCCUGUUCAUUUGUAUUAGAUAUGUUAGUUUAAACUUCAUAUUAUGGGGCAAUUUUUCUGCAUCUUCAGCCCUGGAAUGCAAGACUUCGAUUUAUUGAUUUGAGAGCUAGAUAUGCUCGCGUUUGUGUCGUCUU